AUGGCUUCAUCGAAUUCCGAGUCUGCAUUGGACUUCCCAAAAUCCAGGCAGCCUACUCCUCUUUUGCUACAGGAAAAGGAAGUAGGCAGGCCUACUCCUCUUUUGCUACAGGAAAAGGAAGUAGGCUUAAGCUUUGCACAAAUGGAAGAAAUCGAGUCGAUUGCUGGCAGUGAUGCAGUCUUAAAUUUAAUUGAACUUAUAAAACAGGAUUCACGUUUAUGGGAUCGCAAUUCAUCAAAUUACGUUACACAUUACGAUAUUAAAAUACAUCGUUUUAAUAAUAUUGCACAAUUGCUCAAUAUUAACGGAAUAAGUGGUGAAACUGUAGCAAGUGCAUGGCGUGAAUUAACUGAAAAAUAUCGACGACGAUUAUACGACGGUAAACGACGCAAUGGUACUACAAAUUGGCCAUACUUUGAAGCAAUGAAUUUCCUUCGUCCACUAUAUGAGGUAAGUCGGUGGCAACGAACUAAGCCAGCACAAACCGCUAGAAGUCAAUCACCGUCAGUCGCUCAUCUCGUCAAUACAAUUUUGAGCGCUCAUGCUGCAGCUGAAGCUCAAAAUGUUCAUAGUUAUAGUUCAGCUGAUACUCAAAAUGUUCAGAAUUAUUCGGAUGCGGAUGUUCAUGGUGUACAUAGUUAUUCAGAAACUGAUGAAACCGAUAGCCAUAUUAUCUCUUUAGGUGAUCAGCCUAACGAUAUUGAACACAAAGUUGGUACAAAUAUGUGUCAUAAAAAUUCGCUCAACAAUGUUGAUGUUGAAAGAACGACAGAAGUUGCUGCUGGAAAUGAUUUAAUGGAUACAAUUCGAUACCUGUCGUCUCAUCAAUUACAGAAUGAUGUUAAAUGCUGUGAAAGUACAUCACCUUCAUCACAUUUUGCGACUGGUAUUGCGAAGGAAAUCGAAGCAGAAAUGGGAAUAAAUCAACGAACUGCUAAUUCAUCAAACUUGUUAAAUGCAAUUGGAGAAACUUCAAGGACAAUUACUGCAAAUACGAAUAUACCAAAUCCAAAAAGAACAACGAAUCGAAGUUGCAGUCGAUCGAAAGCCGGUAUAUGUAAUCCUCGAUCGCAACGAUCUAUCAAAAUGCUGAUAUCAUCUCCUUACAAUAAAGUUGUCACACCAGCUUCACCACAGUCUCUUUCUGGAUAUGGUUCAGCUACAGUCUACAGCCAACCUGUUAUCAAUGGCUCUUCAACCAAUGGUUUUAGUCCUAUUAAAACAACUGAACGAUGCGUUACUGCAACAUCGAAUACACAUGAACCAUUAAUGACUGAUAAUGUGAAUAGUAGAUGGGAAAAUGUUGGUCGUGUUUGGAUUGAUAUGAUGCAAGCAGUUCGUUCACCAGAACUUGCAUUAGCUGCAAACCGAUAUAUCACAAAUACUUUAUUUGCUGUAUUAGACUCAGAUCGAAUUAUUGCAGCGAAAAAUCCAAGUAGAAUACGAAUUGUCAUGCCACAAACACCACCUGAAAUCCAAAUUAUUCCUCUAAAUUGA